AUGGCUUAUCAUUCACCUCCAACAUCAAAUUCUGCUUGCGAUGUAACACUACUAUCUCGAGGUGGGCUAAUGGCAACAAUGUCGAAGGUCCACGCAUCGGCAAAAAAAGAUGAAAAGGCUUAUAUGCCCGACUAUUCAUUUCUCAUUCGACAUCAACAAUCAAAUACAUAUAUGUUAUUUGAUUUGGGAAUGUCACAUACAGAAACUACAUAUACUCCGACAACUCUCAAAAAGUACAGCUCCUUUGUGCCAGAAUUUAGCAAAGAACCAAUGGAUGUGGCCGUCAAGAAAUUGAUUCCAACAGGAGCCAAGAUCAAGUAUGUGGCAUAUUCACACGCACAUUUCGACCAUUGUUAUCCUAUUUCUCAAUUCUUUGAAUCGGAUGCCGACGUUAUUACUCGCGAUACAAUUGCAAUCUUCGGACCAGGAACACAGCAGCGAAUUUCACCAGGAUGGCCACACAAUGAGUCAUCUGAAUUUCAUGCAGAACACUUCUCUGGGAACAUAAAGACAUUGGAGCUCCCACCAAUCGGUGGAGACGAAUGGAUGUCACCGUUGGCUACAUUUGAUUAUGCAUACGACUUCUUCAAAGAUGGCUCACUCUAUUUCGUACAUGCACCUGGUCAUGUUAUAGGACAUAUGAUGGCAGCAGUACGAUUGAACGAUGGUUUAAUGGUCAUUCUUGGUGGUGACUGCUGUCACUCCAAACAAAUACUACUUGGCAAGGAACAAAUUGCUAUAUACGAAGACGGUACAUCGUUGCAUGAAGAUCUCGACACGGCUAAGGAAACUAUUAGACGAUCUCGUGAAUGGGUCGAACAGUCUAAUGGAACAGUUGGUAUUAUUCUUGCUCAUGACGGCGAAUGGAAAGAAACUCUUCCAAGCAAGAUUGCAAAACUAAUCGAAGCUGCCUAG